AUGGACAAAAAGGAGAAUUAUACUAAUGAAAAAGAAGAGAUUAAAGUAUCAGGUAAAAGAAUUGAUUAUAAAAAAUAUCGAAUCACAUACAUUGAUCCCGAUGCAACAGAUAGUUCAAGUGAUGAUGAAAUUGGUCAAACUAAUGGCUCCUCAGUUUCUAAGAGAAUUACACAUGAGAUUGUAAUUCCAAAUAUACAAGAACUUGCCAAGUUUCCUCUCAAAGAGGGAAAGAAUAAAAUGCGUUCCACAAGCAAAUUUAAAGGUGUAAGACGUAGACAAUCAGGAAAAUUUUCAGCUGAGAUUCGAGAUCCAUUUGCAAAGAAAAGAAUAUGGUUAGGUACUUUUGAUACUGAAAUACAAGCUGCUGCAGCUUAUAGUCAAAAGAGGGACGAAUAUGAAGAAAGAAAAUUAGCUGAAUCUGAAUGA